UUCAAAUUUUGAAUUAUCCCUUUCUUUCUUGUUGUUGUUGUUCUUCUUCUUCCUGAUGAGGAGAAACAUUGCCGCUUGUUACAGUGAACACGCCGUCAAAGUCUCCGAUUCUUACUGCUCCGCCGCCUUCCCUCAUCCCCAUGUCGUCUUCUCCAAAUUCCCAUCUCCCGCUUCCCCUGUUUCCGUUUCUUCCACUUACACAGCCAAUAUUUCGACCCUCCAAAAUCCUCUGCUAAUUCACCUCCACUGGACUUCCAUGGAAAUGGGUCAAUCCUUUACCAUCAAAAUCAAUUCAAUUUCCCAUCGAAUUCUCACCGGAAAGGGCCUCAAAUCCUUCAAAUCGGUGAACGAUUCUGUGAUUUCCGUCUUCUGGGACAUCUCCGAGGCCCAGUUCGACGCCGGACCCGAACCCACCAGUGGCUUUUACGUCGUCGUUACGGUGGAUUCUGAAAUCGGGUUGUUGAUCGGCGACGAGAGGGAUAAGUUGGUGAAAUUGGGGAUUUUGGAAAGGAAAUUCGAUGCCCAGUUCGUGAAAUUCUCUUUGGUUUCUCGAACAGAGGAGUUUUCCGGCGAUGAUUUGGUUUUUUUGACCAAGGCUAGAUUCUCCGAUGCCGGUAGCCUCCAUGAGAUUCUUGUCAUGUGCGGCGGCGUUGGCGGAGAGGAUUUGAAAAACCAGAGGCUUGCGGUGUUCGUCGACAAGAAACAGGUGGUUGAAGUGAAGAGAUUGAGGUGGAAUUUCCGUGGGAAUCAAACGAUUUUUGUAGAUGGGUCAGUGGUGGACAUGAUGUGGGAUGUCUAUCAAUGGCUUUUCCGGCCGGAACAUGCAGCGGCGACGGCGACGGCGGCGUUUAUGUUCAGGAGGAGGAGUGGAUUGGACAGUCGGCUGUGGGUGGAGGAGGAGAAGACGAAGCAAGAGAGGAAUGGGUUUUCUCUGUUGAUUCGAGCUUCUAACCAUCCUGAUUGAUUUUGAUUUGAUUUGACUUUUGGGUUUUUUAUUUUUUUGUUUUUAGUUUGA